AAAAUCGCUGUGUCUUGUUUAUACAUUCUCGAAGGAGCUUGUUAAUACGAUUUCCGUUGUUUUACAACUCGUGUAACUGUAUCCAGCAUGAUUUCGGACGUUCAACUGGCCGUGUUCUGCAAUGUUUUGGGAGUGUUCCUUUUCCUGCUGGUCGUAGCAUUCCAUUACAUAAAUGCCAACAUGGGAAGCAUGCGAAGUGGUCCUGGAUCAAGACACAAAUGAGGUAUGUCGCCCUAAGCCGGCCACAUGGAUCCGGCGAUGGUAACUGCAAGCAGCAUCAGUUUCGUACAAUAUGUCUCAAUAUGUAACGGAUGAAACGAUUCCUC